UGUAGAAUUCAGAAGAAGAAUGUUGCAAUGAAGAAAAUUUAAAUAAAAAAGAGGGGGAAUCAGAACAAUUUUUAGUUUCUUCAAAUAAUUUACAAAAUAUGGAAAAUAAUAAAAAAUUGUCAGCCCAAACAAGAAGACAACGUUUUGCUUUAAAUAAUACAAAAAGUGAAGGGGGAAAUGUUGAAAAUAAUUGUGAAUUUUUGUUUGAAAAACAACAAAAUAUUUUUGUGAAUCAAAACACAAUUCUUUCUGUUUCUUCCUCUUUUUUGGACAGAAAAGUGGAAAAUAUGUAAG